UCAGCUGUCCAAUAUCAGUUGUUAUAGGUGGCAGCACAGCAUCACGUGAAUUUUCAUGGCGGUGUUGUAGGGCUAGUCCCGUAUAGUCUUGUGAUUUCACCAAAAAUCUGCUGUUUCGAUUAUUUAGUGUUAAACAGCAAUUUUUUUUGAAUACCGGUGGUGAAGAUGAGUGAAUACUGGUUAAUUAGUGCCCCCGGCGACAAGACAUGCCAACAGACGUGGGACACCCUCAACAAUGCCACCAAAUCUGGCAACCUCAGUGUCAACUAUAAAUUUCCAAUUCCUGACCUGAAGGUGGGAACACUGGAUCAGUUGGUGGGGCUGUCAGAUGACUUAGGAAAGCUGGAUACCUUCGUGGAGAGUGUGACAAGGAAGGUGGCCCAGUAUCUUGGAGAGGUUCUUGAAGAUCAACGUGACAAGCUCCAUGAAAAUCUGAUGGCCAACAAUAGCGAUCUACCGACGUACCUGACCCGCUUCCAAUGGGACAUGGCCAAGUAUCCUAUCAAGCAGAGUCUGCGCAACAUCGCCGAUAUUAUCAGCAAACAGGUGGGUCAGAUCGACGCGGACUUGAAGGUGAAAUCCUCCGCCUACAACGCGCUUAAAGGCAAUCUGCAGAAUUUAGAGAAGAAACAGACUGGCAGCCUGCUGACCCGCAACCUGGCGGACCUGGUGAAGAAGGAGCAUUUCAUCCUGGACAGCGAGUACCUCACCACGCUCCUCGUCAUCGUGCCCAAGUCGUUGUUCAACGACUGGAAUGCAAACUACGAGAAGAUAACGAACAUGAUAGUGCCGCGCUCCACUCAGCUCAUUCACCAGGACAACGACUACGGCUUGUUCACCGUCACUCUCUUCAAGAAGGUGGUGGAGGAGUUCAAGCUGCACGCGCGCGAGCGCAAGUUCGUGGUGCGCGAGUUCUCCUACAACGAGGCAGACCUCGCCGCCGGCAAGAACGAGAUCACUAAACUCGUCACUGACAAGAAGAAGCAGUUCGGUCCGCUAGUGAGAUGGCUGAAGGUGAACUUCUCCGAGUGCUUCUGCGCCUGGAUACAUGUUAAGGCUCUACGCGUCUUCGUUGAGUCCGUACUGAGAUACGGUCUGCCUGUAAACUUCCAAGCGGCGGUGGUGGUGCCGGCGCGCAAGAGCAUGAAGAAGCUGCGCGACGUGCUGCAGCAGCUGUACGCACACCUCGACCACUCCGCGCAGCAGGGACACGCACAGGCCUCGGAGAACGUGGAGAUAGCCGGCCUGGGCUUCGGUCAGUCUGAAUACUUCCCGUACGUGUUCUACAAGAUCAACAUCGACAUGAUAGAGAAGGCCGUCUAACUGCUCGUGCUGCGCCGCACCUCGCUAUUUAUAUAUAGGUAAUGUUAUCAGUUGUGUACGGGAGGCCGCGCUGACCUACAGUCGCACUGUUACAUUGUACAAUUUAUUUUAUUCCCAGUCGUAGUUCUAAUUCUAGCAACACCGGCGUCAUGUAAACAAAAUCAAAACAUUAAAUCAAUAUUUUUUUUCCUAUAUAUUUUUUCUAUGUACAGAAUUUUUUUUGAUCGAC